UCUAGUCUAGGUGCAAUAAAGUGUGUUUUACUGAUUAAUUUUAUCUGGUGUGAGACUCCUACUCUGUUCGGCAAUAACUCAAGAGAGAAAAAUCGUCCACAACUGCAAAAGGUUUCACAUUUUGCCACAACAACGGAUUUAUGGUCAAGCCGAACAUCCGAGCCAUACCUUUCCAUGACGGUGCAAUUCAUUGAAGAUCACACUGGCGACAUCAUUGCGCAAGGUCUGAAAUAUGCGCUGGCAUCAUGGUCACUGCGAGAAGACCGCACGGUUUGCAUGACAACAGACAGCGGGGCUAAUGUUGUCAGUGCACUACGGAUUAAUAACUGGAAGAGGCUACCUUGUUUUGGGUAUAGGCUUCAUAUUGCAACUGAGAGGAGCAUGCGGGAUCCAAGGAUAGACAGAGCCAUAGGAGUUUGCAAAAAGGUGGUCAGAGCUUUUUACAGUAGCUGGAAAAAAAAGAAAGCACUUGUUGAUGCACAAGAGGAACUCAAACUUCCAAUGCAUAAACUUAUCACUGAGUCACCAACAAGAUGGGGCUUAAGAUGGCACAUGAUAGAGAGAUUUAUUUAACAAGAAAAAGUCAUUCGUCAUGUUUUGACUGCAGACAAAAAGAACAGGCAUCUUGUCCCAACAUGGCAAGAUGUUGAAGUGCUGGAGGCAGUAAGUAAAGCACUAGGCCCUCUUCUGGAGUUCACAGAUACUCUUUCAGGUGAGCAACUUGUAACAGUUUCUUUCUUAAAACCUGUGCUGGCCUUAUUCAACUCUGAUGUCCUGGAGGUGAAGUCUGAUGACACAGACCUAACCAAAAAGAUUAAACAAGCCAUUCUAGAGUAUCUGAACUCCAAAUACACAGAGGACUUUGUAGACGAACUGCUGGGUUUGGCUUCCACACUUGACCCACGGUUCAAAAAUCGCUUUAAUAAUGAUGAAAGGAUCGAAGCUAUUAUGAUGACAGCUGCGAGAGAACUCAUGGCUGUGGCGACAGAGGAGGACAGCCCUACAUCAGGACGCUCAACUGCUUCAGCUCACCCAAUGGCUGCAGAAACUGAAUCAGGUGAUAACGCAAGGGAGGGAGUAAAAAGAAAAAAAAAGUAUUUUGGCAGCUAUUUCAAAAAGGCACAGGAAUUCAGAGGACGAGUCUCUGCCCACUGCCAUUGAAAAAGAGAUCAAGAGCUACUUAAUGAUACCCAAGGUGGACAGUGAGGUAAAUCCACUUGAGUGGUGGAAAACACAAGAAGUAAAUUUCCCCAGACUGAGGAAACUAGCAAAAGAGUACCUGAGCAUUCCUGCCUCAAGCAGUGCUUCUGAGAGGGCUUUCAGUACCAGAGGAAAUGUUGUAACAUGUAACCGUGAUGGUUUGAAGCCAGAUGCUGUGGACAGGCUGGUGUUCCUUAAAAUUUCUCCAGUAGAAUUUUAUAGUUCUCAUAACUUUCUCAAAACUCACAGCCUUGUGCAAUACUGGACAAAGGAAGUUAGUAAUUUCUUUAAUAGUGUUCGUUUGUGUAAAACUUGUUUACACAUGCUACUUCUGCAGUAUUCGAUAGAUGUUUACAGUAUACUACAAUAUGUUAGAUUUGUGUUCUUGCUUGCAUGCCGCACAUGUUCAGUUCAUGGCCCUUAAUUGUGAUGUACAAGUAUUUUAUUCCCUGUGCAUUUAUAGUUUGUUUACAUGAAUAGUAGGUGCUCUCAUUUUAAUAGUUUUGUUGGUCUCAGUGCAAAUGUUUGUGUACAUCCUGUAGGCCACUGUUCAGUUAUGUACUAUAAUACAAACCGGAUUCCAAAAAAGUUGGGACA